AUGGCCCCCACCGUGCUUCACCUGCGCAGCGAGACCAAGCCUCUCGAGCACCGCUCUGCCCUCACGCCGCACACGGCCGCCGAGCUGAUUAAGGCUGGCUAUGUGGUCAACGUCGAGCGCUCGCCCGAGCGCAUCUUUGACGACGCCGAAUUCGAGGCCGUCGGCUGCACCCUCGUCCCCGAGGGCAGCUGGCCCGAUGCCCCGGAGGACCACAUUAUUAUUGGUCUGAAGGAGCUGGAGGAGAAGGACUUCCCCCUCAAGCACGUCCACGUCCAGUUCGCCCACUGCUACAAGCAGCAAGCCGGCUGGGAGAAGGUCCUGGCCCGCUUCCCCCGCGGCGGUGGAACCCUUCUGGAUCUCGAGUUCCUGGUUGACGAGCGCGGUCGUCGUGUUGCUGCCUUCGGCUUCCACGCCGGCUUCGCCGGCGCCGCCCUCGCCCUCGAGGCCUGGGCCUGGCAGCAGAGUCAUCCGGAGGAGCCCUUCCCCGGCGUGGAGAGUUACCCGAACGAGGAGGCUCUCGUGGCUGACGUGAAGAAGGCGUUGGAGGAGGGCACGGCCAAGGCGGGUCGUCAGCCAAAGGUCAUUGUAAUUGGCGCGCUGGGUCGCUGUGGCUCGGGUGCUGUCGCUGCGCUGCGUAAGGCGGGCGUGCAGGAGGAGAACAUUCUCAAGUGGGAUAUGGCUGAGACUGCUAAGGGCGGCCCGUUCAGUGCGUUUAAGCCAUUAUGGGUGUUGGUUGAGAGGGAUUAUGCUGACCCCGGAACAGAGGAGAUCACCGAUUGCGAUAUCUUCGUCAACUGCAUCUACCUGACUAGCAAGAUCCCCAACUUUGUGAACAUGGAAUCCCUCCAAGUCCCCGACCGCAAGCUUUCUGUGGUCUGCGACGUUUCUGCCGACACCACCAACCCCUUCAACCCCGUCCCCAUCUACUCCAUCUCGACCACCUUCCGCAACCCGACUGUCCGCGUCCAGGGUCUCAAGCAAGGUCCUCCCGUGGACGUCAUUUCCAUCGACCACCUCCCCUCGCUGCUGCCGCGUGAGGCGUCAGAGCAGUUUAGCCGCGACCUCCUCCCCUCUCUCCUGACCCUUAACAACUGGCGCAACGAGCCCGUUUGGGCCCGCGCAUACAAGCUCUUCCAAGAGAAGGUUGCCACGCUGCCCGAGGAUGCGCUCAAGAACUAG